AGCUAUUGGGCCCGAGAGGGCCGGCCCGCGGGGCAGCCCCCGCGCCCGGCGCGCCGCCCGCACGCGCCGCGGGCGGGGCCGCGGUAGAGGGCCAGGGCACCGCCCCGAGGCGCUCAUGGUGCGCCGGUGAGGGCAGCAGCCCCCGAGGCCGGGCGGCCUGGGAGAGGCGGUCAUGGGAGAGUGCGGCUCACGUCCCGCAGGCGCCACGCAUGAGCGAGGUGUUGGCGCUGGAGAUGCUGGAGGCACGGCUGCCAACGGCAAGGAGAAGCAGUGGUGCUUGAAGGCCGUCAACAACAACAUCGGGGGUCCGUUCCACUACCGCGUGGAGUUCAGGGGGCCCGUGGCCGACCACGAGGCCGUGGCGAUCCGGGCCCUCUCGGAGCUGCUGUGGGUCGUGCCCGGCAGGGCCGGUGACUCGGAUGCGGCGGUCCGCAAGUGCUGCUCCGCCCUGACGCGGAUGAAGGUGCAGCACGGCGACAAGCUGCAGGACUACGUGGUGCCCGUGGCCAACAUGGUAUUGCACGCGCCGUGCCAGGCAGUGAGGACCAAGUUGUGGAGCGAUUUUAUCCUGGUGCAGGUGAAGGAGGACUGGACGCUGGGGCACCUCUUCUACUGGGCCUUCAAGUGCGUGGCGGACUCCCCUGACGCGGAGACCAGCGCUCGCGAGGAGGCCAGAGACAAGUGCGCCCAGGUCGCCGGCUUCCUGUACGCCAGGGCGCAGCUACUGGGCGUGCAGCUGCUCCUGGAGUCCGCGAAUGACGCGGCGAGACACGGGUCGGCGCAGCCCAAGG